GUUCCGAAAGUAGCAAGAUGCCCGCCCUGGAUCUGACUCUUUCCACUCCAUAGCAGCCACCUUCCGAGAUAAUAUGUUUUUCCUAAUAUAUCUGAUUGGGCGGCAGGAAGUAUUACUUGCCUGUUUUUUUUAAAGAAAAAAUACCGUUGCACACCGAACAAACACCCACACACCACACACACUUUUUCAUCGGCAUGAGUGCAACCGGCAACGCAACGCCAGCUGUAGAAGAAGCGCCAAGGAAUGCUGCAGCGCCUGCUGCUGCAGCAGGUGCAGCAGCACCAUCCCCAGGUGGUGGCUCUGGCCAGCAAGGGAUACAAAGCUUCAUGUCUGGUAGUAGUAGUGCCGCAGCAGCAGGAUCUGCUGCUGGUGCAGCACGACCUCCAGCCAGCCGCAGCCGCAAUCCUCAGGCCGACCGCAUCACCUUUCCCAUGGACGUCCCUGAGGCGGUCAAAACGGCGAUCAGCAGCUAUCAACCUCCUCCGCUGCGCGAGAUUGUCUCCCUCGAGAGCGGGAAGACCACGCGAUCCAUUACUGCGUUCUACGGCGUCAAGCUGGAAAUCUUGCCUCGGGUGCAUGGGAGCCACAGACCGAUGGAAUGGGCUUGCCUCGCUAGCGUCCAGUGCCGAAACGAGAGGAAGAGACUGAAGAUUUUUUCGGACGCUACAACAGGAGCGACGUCGCACCUCAAAGAUAAGCAUGGCAUCGUGGGUGCGGCAUCAGCGAAGACUGCGAAGAGGAAGCGUGAUCAGUCGGCGUCAAAGGAAGUGACGCUCGAGAGUGCAGUGUACAAGGACGACCCGUCACGGUACAACUGCCUUCAGUUCACCAAGGCGUUCAUCAUACACGCCGGAUGCGCCUUCAGCCUGGCGGACCAUGACCGGGUCAGGCGAUGUCUCGCGACGAUGUGUCCUGACCACCUCGAUGUCGCGGCCAUCAACGCAAGAGGGGCGACAUGUAUCAAGAAGAUGAUCGUCGAGAUGUACGCGGCCACCACGCGGGCGUUCAACUCGGAGCUAGUGAAGGAUGUUCGUCGCGCCCUCAUCCCGAUCUUGUACCUCAACUGUGACCUGUGGACAAGCAGAGUGUCCGGAGAAAAGUACAUCGGUGUACGCGUGUGCUACAUGAACGAGAACAUGGUCAUCAAGUCGUUCAUGCUGGGCGUCAAGCUGUUCAGACCAAAGCCGGGGGUCGGGAUGGACGACGGGAAGAUCACCGGCCGGGUGGUGUUGAAGUGGAACGCGCAAGUCCUCGGCCAACAUGGUCUUCGAAACGAGAACUUCGCCGGCGCCGUGUCGGACUCUGGGUCCGAUGUCUCCACGGGCAUUGCGAAGGCUUUUCGCCGCGAGUGGUGCAUCCCCCACAUGAUCAACCGCGUCACCAUCGACGGUACUGGCAUGUCGAACUCGCCCGCCUCCUCGAAGAACCAUCUGUGCCGCGAUCUGCUGGAGAAGAUGAAGAAGAUCAUCCAGCACUUCAACAGGUCUUCAGGCGACAAGAUCUUGCUCGACGACGAGCUGGAGGAGCUGUCCGAGGGCAACUGGAACCAUGCCAAGCUCGCUCAAGCCGUCGUCCAGCGCUGGGUCAGCACAGCCAAGAUGAUGUUCCGCAUUCUCGAGCAAUUCACGGCCAUCCAGAAGUGCUUCGUCGAGAAGGGCAAGGUGUUUCCGCUGGCCAACUACAAAACCGAGAUUGAGGAGGUAUACAGCAUCUUGAGGGCUGUCAAGACUGUCACUGAAUACUGCCAGAAGACGUACGAGGCAACCAUGGAAGGUGGGCUGAGGCAGACCGUCCAGCUCCUCAUCUCCACACUCGAGCCGAGCAAGCCCCUCCGCGUUCACCACGUCGAGGCCAUCGGUGCGGACGCCCCCGAUCCGCCGCACACGGAUCGGCCUCAUGAGGACCUUACCGAGACCGGCAGGACAACUCGUGAGGUCUUCGCCACGGCGCUCGCGAAAAGGUUUUUGCCGCGCUACAAGAGUUCUGAGUUGAAUAGACGUACUCAUCUGUUCGACCACGCCCCCCUUCUGAACCCUCGGACCCGCAAAAUGCGGUACAUCGAGUUGCUGCUGAAGUCGACGGCCGCCACGUCGUACUCCGGGUCGUGCGGGACCCUGGCGACUUUCACAGACAUCAAGGAGCGGAUCCAGGAGGAAGUUCUCGAACUCCUCGAACAGGCCGUCGUCGAGCAUAGGGCAAGGGAACCGGUGCCGACGAGCGACGAAGAGGUGACGGGGCCGCGGUCUAGAACCGUACCUGCGGCAACCCGCGCCGCCGACGACGACGUCGGGUUUGAUGACAGCGAAGGCGAGGAAGAAGAGAGCUCGAGUCUCUACGAGCGUUCACCUGAGGAAGAAGCGAAGAGCAUCCUCAAGGAGUGGCUGAACCUAAAGAUCCCCUCAGACAAAAGGGGGAAGGACGCCGCGGACUACUGGAGCACCCCUCACGGGAAAUCACAGCCGCUACCACUCCGAGCAGUUGCGCAGGGCGUCCUCGGUUGCCCGGCCUCAACGGGUGCCAUGUAGCGAGAUUUCUCAAUCGCCGACAUGUUCAUGCCUCGCAAACGCGCCUCGGUCGACCCAGCGUACUUCGAGAUGUCUCUCUUCCUGCGAGCGCAGUACGACUUCAUUCCGGACGACGUCCCCAAGUUCGCCAAUGAGGCAGAACAAACGGCGGCCAUCCCGAAUCGUUUGAGGGACGAGAAGCUACUGGAAGCGGUACGCGUGCUGGAUGUGGACGUCGAGGAGACCAGCGACGACCCCGACGACAACGAUGAACUGUGGUCAUUGAAGGACCCGGCGCGCGUUGGGGACAUGGAAGAGGGUGGAGGAGAGAGUGCAGAGGACGAAAGCCACGUCUAGUUGUCUGGAGAAGAGAAGUCGGUCUAGAGGAGAGUGGUCGCCCAGGCGCGACCAAUGUCUUUUCGGGCCACCAACGUCUUGUUGUGCUCUGGCGUGAUGGUUUCGGUCACGGUCGACAAAUGUUUUUGGGACAAGAGAGAGAAAAUAAUUGGUUUGGCGGCAGCGGUCGUCGUGGCCGGAAAACAUACCAACUCAGGAUACGAGGGAUUGUCCAUUGUUUUUUUUGGGAUCUGCCAGAGGUUGUGGGAACAUCCGCACCACCCGCGUUCCGAACCACGUCAACUUGUCGGCGGGAGAGGCAGUUUGUGUGUUGAAGGUUCCAUGUGCAUCUUGCAACAAGAUACGAGUCCGGCCUCGGGAUGAACCUGGGGAUAGAGAGCGUUCUGAUGUGCUUGCUGUAAGUCUGGCUUCAAAGGUCGCGCUGAGUAGUGAUCCGAAGCGGCCUGUGCAAAAAGCUACCGAAAACAAUUGAAACAACUUCUGUUGUACCGAUUGGUUUAUAUGCUAAAUAGUGCGCGUGAGCGAAACCCUCAACAAGUCUCGAUAGGUUGUCCACCUUCAUGUUGCCCGUUGUAACAGGUAUUAAUACGUUGUCCACCUUGGUGUUGGCCAAGUAUCAAUAUGUUGUCCACCUUCAUGUUGUCCGUUGCAACAGGUAUUGAUAUGUUGUCCGCCUCCAUAUUAGCCGUGGUAACAGGUAUCCAGAUUUCAAUACCGCCCUGUUGAAAUGCCCAGCAGGUAUUAAUGCUUUCCUCCAAAACCUAUCGCUAUGUUCAACAACGAUCAAUAUGAUGAGCCAAUUCCUGCUAAAAAGCAGCUUCGUGCCGAUAUGAUAGCGCAGCACCUAUUAAAAUCAUCGACAUGUUAGGACGACACACUCCAGCACCUAUUGAAUCGACCACAACAUAGCGGCAGGAACUGCAAAUACCUAUUGUGUUAUCUAAUAGGCGUUGAUAGGCUGCUGUGAUACCUAUUGUGACGACCAAUAGCCUGCCUAAUAGGGUAUUAUCCAAGGCGUGGUACGCAGUGCUUGCCAACGAAACGUUUGCCUUACCUUGGAGUAGUAUCGGAUGUGUCCAUCUCUGCAUUUCAUUACAAUAUAUUUACCGCCGUACCAACUCACGCUGUAGGUUCGAACAUGCAGAGCAUACUCCAAUAGCUCCAAUAGAUGGCAAGUUACGUCCUUUCUGCACUUUGGAAAUCCUCUGAACUUUCAACAAAUAU